AUAUCGAAUCGAAUAUCAAGCCGAAAUCUCGCUUCACCAGGUGAUUUCAAGGUCAAAUGUUCAAUACUAGAUGUAAACAAAACUAUAACCUAUAAAUAAUUUUGUUGAAAUUAAUUGGAAAUUGUGAAAACGUAAAGACAUUUUAGAUUUGAAAUUUUUCCAUGCGGACAAAUUCAUCAUCUUCAACAAAUUGACGUCUUCAUUGCUAAUUUGAAAUCAUGUUGUUGAGUACCAUUCUUAAAUUCAGAUUUCAAAUACCAGUAAUUAAUAGGAGCAGGCAAAAUAUUUUGACGAGGAGUUUUUGCAGUACAGAGGAUGAUGCGACUAGUGGAGAAAAGCGAAUCAAAUCAUUACUGAAGAAAGAAUUUCCUAACGCAGCAGAUAUACAUGUGAAAGAUAUUUCAGGUGGAUGUGGAUCAAUGUAUGCCAUUGAUAUACGAGCUGGUGAAUUUAAAAAUCUCAAUAUUGUUAAUCAACAUCGACUUGUUCAUAAAGUUCUCAAAAAAGAAAUUGAGGGUAUGCAUGGGUUGCAACUGAACACAUCUUCAACUUGAGUGAUGUCGCCAUUGUCAGCUAAAUGUUAUUCUGUAAAUAUUUAUUCCUAGUAUACUAUAUAGUGAAUUGUUUUCUACUGGUUACACUGAAUUAAAAUAUUUGAACAGUU